GCUCCUCUUUAUUAUUACUUUCACCGAUCUGUUGCAAAAACGCCGUACCAUGAAAUCGUAUCUUGUGUUGGUCAGUUUUAUUGUGACUAUUCUCGCAGAGGAUAAACCCGAUGCAGUUGCGCAAGAAAGAAGUGAUUCCGAUAAACAGGAAUACGAGACCUACUAUAAAUUUUCACCCCAAAGGAGUGCACAACAAAUACCAGAACAAUUACUCAACUUUCAUCAGCAAGCCGCUAAUUACGUGCCCCAAGUCAAUUUUAUUCCUCAACAGCAGAAGUAUGCGGCUGCACCGGUACCUGCACAUAUAAUGUACGGAUUUGCACCGCAAGUUCAGCAGCAGUUGGAGUAUGCAUCGCAACCGGGAGCCGCGACAUUUGCGCAAUCUGCCCACAAACCCCAACCCGCUGCUGCAGCAAGGCAACUGCCCGCGCCACAAAUAAACUUCUCACCAGCAUCAGAAGUAUCUUCGUUCCGGUUUUCGAGUCCCUUAGUCACAUAUUCCAACCAAGGAGUCUUGCAGCAGUUGACCGGUAAACUAGCGGCAGGUGGAGAUGCAAGCCCAGUUGGCCAAGAAUCUCAGACGGUCGCCCCAAAGAAGAUCGCCAAAACGUCGCAACCAGUAGCCUACGCGCAAUCUCCUCAGUUCGCACAUGCGCAGGAGUCGGCAUCUCAAGAAUAUAAUUACGCCAACUUACCGCAGCAACAAAUCGCCUACGUCACCGUACCGCAAAGGGUCGCCUACGCGCCACAGCAACCCCAAGCAAAGGCAGCGUAUGCGGCCGCUCCUAAACAAUAUUACGCAAUCGCCGCACCCCAACAAGCCGCAUAUCCUUCGCACGCAUACUCACCAUCCGACUUACAGCAAUUCGCUUACGUGUUGGCAGUUCCACAAGGUGGCCGGUCAGCAGCUCAACCGAUCUACGUGACCCAGCAGCAGGGCAAGUAUCAGGGUCAAGGUGAAAAUUAUCAAAAAUAAGCGUCGGUGAAAUUUCUCUAAUGACUUUU